AUGUCGCGAUUGCCGCACGUUUGCGGUCUCUGCAUUCUGCUGAGGUUCUGGCAGCUCUUGGCCUUGGCCCCCUUCAAAAUUGGUGGUCCAUCGGGAGCCAGAUGUCAAAGAUGGCUCACCCUGUCUGCGGCCUUCCGCUGGCUUUUGCUCACCUCGGUGGCUCCUUUCAUUUUGUGGAAAAGCGUCGCCUUGUAUGAAGCCACAAAUGUCCGGCAUUCAACGAUCUUUAAGAUAAUUGCUCUGGCCACAAUGACGGGUGAUGUCUGCAUUUCACUGGCUUUAAUGGGAACAAACCUUUUGAAUCGCAGGAAGUUGGCCAACUUGGUGAAUGGUUUGGCCAGGUUGCAUCGCCGGAGGAAACUCAGCUGGUGGUCCACUUUGUUUUUGUGGCUCAAGUUGCUCCUUUCGCUCUACGAAGUCCUUUGCAAUGUUCCCUUUUUGGGAAGAGCAGGAAGUCGUCUGCCUUGGUCGCAACUUUUGGCCUUUGGAGUUCUGCUCUAUGUGCAACAUGUGGCCAGUGUUUAUGCAAAUGGAUUGUUUGGAGGCAUGCUUUUGAUUCUGGAAUGCUACAAUCAACUGGAGAGGGAGGAACCCAUUCUGGCCAGACUUUUGCAAAAGGAACGAAUGUGGUCAAGAUUGGUUCAGAGGUUCGUGAAAAUCUUUCAGUUGGGUUUAUUUCUGCUGGUCAUUGGCAGCUUCAUCAACAUUCUGGCCAAUAUGUACGCCUUUAUGUCUUAUUUUGUAUCCCAACAUGGAGUUCCAUUAACCAUUUCCAAUAAUUGCCUAAUUAUGGCAAUCCAACUGUAUGCUAUGGUUUUGGCAGCUCAUCUUUGCCAGUUGAGAUCUGCGAAAUUGAGAAAAAGGUGUUUGCAAUUGGAAUAUGUGCCUGAAGGACUCACUGAGGAAAAGGCCAUGGCUUCAACAGCAUUUCCUUUGGUCUCACCAACUGGCAGUGCAAAUUUUCGUAUCUUAGGCCUUUUCACAGUGGACAACUCGUUUUGGCUUUUUCUGGUCUCGUAUGCCAUGAAUUUUAUAGUGAUUAUCCUGCAGUUUAGCUUGGAGAAUUAUGAAACUGGCUGAA